UAUUGUACAAACGUUGGAAAUUUUCCAACAUUGGUCUGCAUACAAAACCAUAGCACAGUCCAUAACAAUUUAUAUAUAUAUAUAAUCUUUAUCGAUUGUUUUGAACAGGGAAUAUAUGGAAAACGUUACCGUAUACCUCGGCGUAGCUACCGUGGUGAUAUCGGUUUACGCUCUAUGGUUUUACCUUCUUUCCAGGAGACUCACCGGUCCGAGAGUGUUGCCUCUGGUCGGAAGCUUACCGUUUCUGAUCGCAAACCGGAGUCGAAUCCACGAUUGGAUGGCCGACAAUCUCCGCUCCUCGGGGGGCACGUACCAAACAUGCACCAUCAUGAUACCUUUCGUGGCCAAGAAACAAGGGUUUUACACCGUCACGUGCCAUCCGAAGAAUCUCGAACAUAUCCUCCGGACCCGUUUCGACAACUAUCCGAAAGGGCCGAUGUGGCGAACCGCCUUCCAUGAUCUGUUAGGACAAGGGAUCUUCAAUAGCGACGGCGAGACCUGGCUCAUGCAACGUAAAACGGCGGCGCUGGAAUUCACGACGAGGACGUUGAGGCAAGCCAUGGCUCGUUGGGUGAACCAGACUAUCAAGAACCGGUUAUGGAUAAUCUUAGACCGGGCGGUUAGAGAUUCCAAACCGGUCGACCUUCAAGACUUGUUCUUAAGGUUGACUUUCGACAACAUAUGCGGUUUGACUUUUGGUAAGGACCCGGAAACGCUGUCGCCGGAGCUGCCGGAGAAUCCGUUCGCCGUUGCAUUCGACACAGCGACCGAGGCCACGCUUCAGCGGCUUCUUUACCCUAGUUUCUUGUGGAGGGUCCAAAAUAUUGUAGGGAUCGGAUCUGAGAAAAGACUGAAGAAUAGCCUCCAAGUUGUGGAAGAUUACAUGACCGAAGCUAUUCGUGCUCGGACAAAAUCUCCGUCCGACGAUCUUCUGUCUCGGUUCCUUAAGAAGCGAGACGUGGACGGAAACUCGAUCCCGAAAGAAGUGCUCCAACGCAUCGCACUCAACUUCGUGCUGGCCGGACGAGACACGUCGUCGGUGGCUCUGAGCUGGUUCUUUUGGCUCGUCAUGAACCAUCCCCAAGUGGAGGAGAAGAUCGUGAGGGAAAUAUCGACGGUUCUGAGAGAGACACGUGGCGAUGAUCGGAGGAAGUGGACGGAGGAGCCAUUGGUGUUUGACGAGGCCGACCGCCUGGUUUACCUCAAGGCUGCUUUGGCUGAAACGCUGCGGUUAUACCCUUCUGUUCCUCAGGACUUCAAGUACGUGGUGGAGGACGAUGUUAUGCCGGACGGGACGUACGUGCCGAGAGGCUCGACCGUGACGUACUCCAUCUACGCCAUCGGACGGAUGAAAUCCAUUUGGGGCAAAGACUGUCUUGAAUUCCGACCGGACCGUUGGCUGUCGGCCGACGGUGACCGGUUCGAACCCCCCAAGGAUGGCUACAAGUUCGUGGCCUUCAACGCGGGACCGAGAACCUGCUUGGGCAAGGACCUGGCCUACCUCCAGAUGAAGUCCGUCGCCUCCGCCAUCCUCCUCCGUUACCGGCUCUGCCCCGUUCCCGGUCACCGAGUCCAGCAAAAGAUGUCCCUCACUCUCUUCAUGAAGAACGGCUUACGCGUUUUCUUGCGACCUCGUCCCCACGAGCUUUUGCAUGCGUAAUUCGAUGGUGUUUCCGUCAAUCGAGAAGCCGGGGAAGGGUAUAUGAGUCAAGAUGGAGGUUAACGGAGGGUAUAUAUGUCAUUUCAAUUGUUAUUUAUUAUUCUAAGCAAAUGUCCUUUUCUUACAUAUGUACAUUGUCAUUUCUCACUUUGUGAUGUUCGGGUUUGUUCAACUCUUGCGAGUGAAAAAAGUUUCUAUUGAUUUGAAAAUUAAUUUGGAAAGUAAGAUUUUAU